UAAAACAUCCAACACAUCACCACACAUCACCAAAAUCUUGCAAUCGAGCUUCUGAAACCCGUCUGGAUUUCCCCAGCCAAGAAAACGACAAUCAACCGAGGACCCGGGAACAACCCUUCGAUCAAAUCAAACAGCACGCAGCCGUGCAGCAUAUAUACGAAAAACCAAAUACGACAAGAACCCCGAUCAUGUACAGCGUAGACGUUCUUGGUUUCGGGGGACGAGCUCCUGCCGAGGUAUGUUUGAUUUGAUAGUUUAUCAUCUUGUGAUGCGCUGUGGUGUGUGCCUUAACAGGAGAAGCUACGGUUCGGCGAGUCGAUUCGAUUCGAUUCGAUUCGAUUCGUUUGCAGAAAAAGUAAUUAAUGCGUUUUCGUUGCGUCCUUUCUGUGUAACGCUGCCGAUUAUCUGUUUGUCUGCCAGGUGUUGGAUUUGCUUUCCAAGGCUCGCCAAGAGUGCGGAAUCGAAGAAAUCAUCCCCAGUCGAUCGCAAUCCAUCCGGUCCGCUCUUCUCGAAGCCCCGUACCGCACUUUUCUACAGGAAUCCUGCGAGAACCCAAAGGCAACGACGUCUCCACUGGUCUACUGCCUUCCCACGACGGUUACGGAAUAUAUUGCCUCCUCCGGUGAGGCGGAUCUCGUGCGUUCUAGAAUUUUGGCCGGUGGCGUCGUCCUUGCAUACGACGUUGCCGGUGCCGCGCUCGUCGGAGGAUCCGUCGAAGACGCGCUGUCGGCAAUCGCGGGAGACGAAAAAGCCCGGUCUGCCUUUGCCGGGGGAGCACUAGCGGCCGUGUCGAAACUCGACGCAAGGGCGGUCGAAGAAGCCGUUGGUCCCUCGAAACGAAACGAUGUCGUAAUCGUGGUCGGUUCGGGUGGCCGAGAACACGCUCUGGCCGUCGCUCUGGCCAGGUCACCACUGGUGUCGGAGGUUCUGUGUUGUCCGGGAAACGGCGGAACGGCGUCGGAAGAAAACCCAAAAAUCAAGAACAAGGGUGCCGAUCAAAGCAACAAAACCGUAAUCGCUCUUGCCAAAGAAGUAGGAGCCAAAAUGGUCGUGGUGGGUCCCGAAGCCCCCCUGGUGGCUGGAUUGGUCGAUGAAUUGAGUGUCGAGUGUCCCGAUGUCCUGGCGUUUGGUCCUUCAAAGGCUGCGGCCGAGCUGGAAGCUAGCAAGGCAUUCAGCAAGGAUUUUCUUCAAGAGUGUGGGAUUCCCACCGCGAAGUACCGCACCUUCACGGAUGCUUCCGAAGCAAUAAAAUACGUCGAAUCACUGGACGACAACGACAGACAGGUGGUCAAGGCGUCCGGACUCGCAGCCGGAAAGGGUGUGCUAUUGCCAACUACCAAGCAGGAAACCAUCGAUGCCGUCAACGAAAUUAUGUCCGACAAGGCAUUCGGUGAUGCCGGAGACACGUGCGUGAUCGAGUCCUUCAUGACCGGGCCGGAAGCCUCUUGUUUUGCUCUCUGCGACGGGAAAACCGCGGUCCUCAUGCCCGCUGCCCAGGACCACAAGCGCGCGCUGGACAACGACGAAGGCCUGAACACCGGGGGCAUGGGGGCCUACGCACCCGCGCCCUGUGUGACACCGGACCUGCAAAAGGAAAUCGAAGCCAUGUGCAUCAAAACCGUGGAGAAGAUGGCGGAACGGGGUACUCCAUACGUUGGUCUUUUGUACGCUGGAAUGAUGUAAGUAUGUGUUCUGUUUCGCCAAAGGCUUGGUGUGUGGUGGAUUUUUGCGAAUUCGGACUCUCACUCUUCUUCUCGUCGGUUCAUCAUCUGUUACGGAAUGCAGGUUGACUCCCGAUGGACCCUCCGUGCUCGAGUUCAACUGUCGCUUCGGUGAUCCAGAAACUCAGGUUGUUCUUCCGCUUCUUGAGACCGAUUUGUACGAAACGAUGGCGGCUUGCUGCACCGGAACCCUAGACACGGUCGAUGUUCGGUUUAAAGAAAACAUUUCGGCCGCUACGGUUGUUUGCGCCGCGAAAGGCUAUCCACUGUCGUAUCCCAAAGGAAUGGAAAUUAAGGGGCUCGGCGAAACAAAAUCGAUGGAGGGUGUAAAGGUGUACCACGCCGGAACCAAAUUGGAUGAAAAUUCCACCACGCGUUGUUCCGGAGGCCGUGUCUUAGCGGUUACGGGACUUGGGUCGGAUCUCAAGUCUGCCUUGAAAACAGCUUACAAAGGCGUUGAUGCGAUUUCUUUCAUCGGCGAUGACGGAGCACCGUUGAUGCACAACAGAACUGACAUCGGAAGGAAAGCUACGCAGAAAAAGCUAAGAAUUGGUGUUCUUGGGUCAACCCGUGGGACUGCCUUGAUUCCCGUCAUGGAAGCGUGUGCAUCUGGUGCAUUGGAUGCCGAAAUCGUUGCCGUCAUCAGCAAUAAAUCGGAUGCCCCAAUCUUGGAGAAGGGAAAAUCUCUGGGUCCAACCGUAGUAACCAAGUUUGUGUCUUCCAAGGGCUUGUCUCGUGCACAAUACGAUGCGGAGUGCACUGCUGCACUCGUUGGUGCCGGUGUUGAAUAUGUUCUUUUGAUCGGAUACAUGAGAAUUCUUUCUGGAUCCUUUUGCAAAUUUUGGGCCGGGUGUUGCAUCAAUGUUCAUCCAUCGCUACUGCCAAAACAUUCCGGAGAUAUGGAUCUUCGGGUGCAUCAAGCAGUCAUUGAUGCAGGGGAAGACGAAUCUGGCUGUACAAUUCACGAGGUAACGGAAGAGGUAGAUGGCGGACCGAUCCUAAUCCAAAAGAAAGUCUCCGUGUCAAAGGAUGACACUGCAGAAAGUCUGAAAGCAAAAGUACAGCCACUCGAAGGGCCAGCCUUCGUGGAAGCCAUCGAGAGUUUUACCAAGGGAAAAGCCAUCAGUUAUGCCGAUGCUGGCGUGAGCAUCGAUGCAGGAAACGAUCUAGUAGAGAUGAUCAAACCCUACUGUAAGGCAACUCGUCGCGCAGGUUGCGAUGCCGAUCUCGGGGGUUUUGGCGGUCUCUUUGAUCUUGCUGCUGCGGGUUAUGAUGCAAAAGAGACUGUUUUGAUCGGUGCGACGGAUGGCGUGGGUACAAAACUGAGAAUCGCUCAAUCAACGAAGAAGCACGCUUCUGUUGGUAUUGAUCUUGUUGCGAUGUGUGUAAACGAUCUUAUCGUUGCCGGAGGCGAGCCGUUGUUCUUCCUUGACUACUUCGCUACGGGUCAUUUGGACGUCCACGAAGCUUCUGACGUCGUAAAGGGUAUCGCCGAAGGAUGCAGACAAGCUGGAUGUGGUCUCAUUGGUGGCGAAACAGCCGAGAUGCCAUCCAUGUACGCUCCCGGAGACUACGAUCUUGCUGGAUUUAGCGUAGGAGCCGUUGCUCGAGAUCGUAUUUUACCACAGAACAUAGGUGCUGGGGAUGCCUUGCUCGGUCUAGCUAGUAGUGGAAUUCACAGCAAUGGAUUCAGCCUUGUGAGAAAGCUGAUAGAGAAAGAAGGCCUCUCAUACGACAGUCCAUGCCCCUGGGAUUCUUCAGUUGAAACAAUUGGUGAUUCUCUACUCACUCCAACAAAAAUCUAUGUGAAGGCGUGCCUGCCUCUACUCAAGAAAGGCAUCAUCAAGGGAAUGUCUCACAUAACUGGUGGUGGUCUACUCGAAAACCUUCCACGCACUCUCCCGAAGGGGAUCGGCGGAGAAAUCACGAACCAUCCUAGUCUUCCUCCUGUGUUUGCAUGGAUGAAGACUGCGAGUGGUCUCGAUGACAACGAAAUGCUUCGUACUUUUAACUGCGGAGUAGGAAUGGUAAUAGUUGUUGAUAAGGAGCGUGCGUCCGAAGCGAAACAAAUGUUGCUUGAUGCUGGCGAGGAUGUCGUUUAUGAUCUAGGAACUCUUGUACCACACCCUGAAAUGGAGAUAAAAAUGGUCAAUCCGUUGACCAGUAACUAAACGAAUAUCAUCCCUGUAACUUUUAAUCAUUUACCAUCAGCUAAAAAGUAAUCCAAGAAAACUCGAUGUCUCCCAUUCUAUGCCCUUCUAUCUUUUGAAGACGACAGGCAAGAAAGAAAACAUUCGCUAGGUC